AUGGCAGUGAUCAAGCAGAACAAUGUCUUCGACUUGAUUGAGAAAUUGUGCGUUAUGGAAGCUGAAUUGGAGCUAGGUGGACCACUAGCAGAAAACUGGCAACAAAUCGAAUUCAGUGCCAUGAAUCAGCAGCCAGAAGAUGUUGAACAAGAUGAAGAUGAGGAGAUCGAUGUCAUUGGCAUCAGCGAUGAAGAGAAUGUAGUAGACGUUCAAGUCUACGAUAACAUUGAGAUCGAGGAAGAGAAUGAAGCUGCCGAUAUGGGUAGAUUUAAUAAUGUGAUUAUUGUCGACGAUGACCCCGACGUGAUCAACAUCGAUAAUGUGAACAUCAGUGACCUUAUACUGGAAGGAUCAGACGAAGAAUUGGCCCACCAAGAAUUGAUUGAAUUUUUGGAAGAUAAAAACGAAGAAUACCUAAUGAUUCCACGCCGACGUUAUCGCCAAGGAACGCCAGACACAGAAAACAACAUUGAUGGAAACAGUGAAGAAGAGCACUUCACAAAUGGCUCCUCGGAUUCAGAAUCCGACGACGACUUCGUAGACUGGAAACGUCUACAAAAUCUGGUCAACCGGCCAAAACGGACCCUAAAGAAGGUAAAGAACCCUAUUUUAAUGAAAAAGAAGAACGUUGCGUUGAGGAAGGAACGCUACAGAAUGCUGCAAAUGGCGCUGGAGAAACUUGACGGUAAAUGA